AUGGGACAUCGACGAUUUCUUCCACGAGAUCACCAUUAUCGAAGACUUACAGAAGAGUUUGACGGAAAUGAGGAGCUUGGAAGGGCUAGGAAAAGUUUUGAUGCAUUUUCACGAGUUGAAAAUAUGAAUACUAUUCUAGGAAAAAGAUCUCGUACUGAGCAACGAGAUAACUGGAAAAAAAGGUCAAUCUUUUGGGAUUUACCUUACUGGAAAAGUUUGGAAGUUCUACAUUCCUUGGAUGUUAUGCAUAUUGAGAAAAAUGUAUGUGAUAGCUUGUUAGGUUUAUUGUUAAACAUUCCUAGAAAAACUAAAGAUGGGAUUAAUGCCCGUAGAGACAUGGAAGCUAUGGGAAUACGUAAAGAGCUUGCCCCUAUUGAGAGAGCCAAUAGUAUUUAUCUUCCACCCGCAUGCUAUACUAUGUCAGGCGAAGAAAAACGAAAGUUUUGUCAAUGUUUGCAUGAUAUUAAAGUUCCAUCUAAUUAUUCUGCAAACAUUAAAAGUCUGGUGUCAAUGAAAGAUUGUUAUUUGGAAGGCGUCAAAAGUAUUGGUGUUCCUAAAUCUCGUCAUUCAGGCCGACUUGCAGGCGUGGGAGGAGUUGGUAAGCAAUUAAUCACCCCACCAUCUGAUGAGUUACAAAUUGCUCAUUUUACUGUUCUACAACAUAUGACAUGUAUUGCUCCGUAUGUUAAUGAACACAAGAAAAUAUUACGAUUGACACACUUGCGCAAGUCAGAUAAUUGGUAUGCCAAACAACAUAACGAGGGGUUUUCCGCUUGGUUGAAGAAAAAGGUGGAGGAAACUUAUGGUGAACCAAAUGUUGAUAAGACGGUGGAGAGGUUGGGAAUAGGGCCAGACUUUAGAGUAAUAUCUUACCAAGGGUAUGAUAUUAACGGUUAUACAUUUUAUACUAAAAAUCAAGAUGAUAAAAGUGUAACGCAAAAUAGCGGAGUUACACAAAUAGCCUCAAGAACAAAUGUCGACCAAAUGACAAUCGCCAAAGAAUCAUAUUACGGUGUCAUACAAGAAAUUUGGGAGUUAUCGUAUUCUUCAUUCACAAUACCUUUGUUUAGAAGUAAGUGGGUCAAUAACCGCACAGGUGUUAACGUCGACGAAUAUGGUUUUACACUGGUUGACCUUACAACAGACGGGUAUAAAUCAGAACCAUUUAUUCUCGCAACUCAAGCCACACAAGUAUUUUUUGUCAAGGAUCCGUGCAAACCAAGAUACCAUAUAGUAUUACAAGGUAAGCGACGUAUUCUUGGUGUUGAUGAUGUUGACGACGAGGAAGAAUACAAUCAGUGUGACGAAUUACCACCAUUUUCUGUCAGUAUUCAACAGAGUAAUGACUAUAUCACAAUUGGCACCUCAUACUUACAAUGA